GCAACAGCUGUUGCUUCAACAGCUGUAAGCGGCAACAGUUUUAUGGCUACUGCUAAGCGCGUCUAUAUGCACGUGCAUAAAUAUACGAAAUAAAAGUUGAGUUUUAAGUGCAUAAUUAAUUGGCAUGCAAGUGACGAAUUUAUACACCUCGGUGGCCUGUAACCGCACCACCGAAUGCGCCGAUUGGGGACCCAGUGGCUUGAUUGCAUAUGGCGCCUGCAAUGCGAUUGCGGUACUCGAUCCUCGCUACAAUGGCAAUUCAGCUAAGAUAUUGUUUACCUUGGUGGAGCACACAAAGCGUGUUAAUACAGUUAAAUGGCUGGAUGCGCAGCAUUUGAUAUCGGGCGCAGACGAUGGCAACGCGGUUUUAUGGCAACUGGACAAGGAGAGCGCCAUAAAUCAUAUUUUGUUGAAAGGGCACACGAGUGGAGUGAAUGCAGUGGACGGUGUGCUGCGCUCUAAUGGCACCUGGUUGCUGGCCACAGCUGCUGCUGACAACUGCCUUAAAUUGUGGCAUCUGCCGGCAGAUAAACAAAUCAAUUGCUUUCAAACUGUAAAGUUAGAUGGAGGCUUUUGCUUGACUCUGCGUCUUACUCUGCUGCCCAAAACUGAGCAAGUGUUGCUCGCCUUCAGCACAGAUGAAGAAACUGUUGCCCUCUGGGCAGAGCAGUCAGCAGGCAGUGGCGAUACCACUGCAGGGCAGUUUAAUUGUGUUCACAAGCUGAGCGGUCAUGAGGAUUGGGUGCGUGGCCUGGACUUUGUCUGCGACGGUGAUGAUUUACUGCUAGCCAGUGGCUCACAGGAUAACUUUAUACGUCUCUGGCGUAUAGAGCCGAGAGGCAAUGAGCAACCCAUACAAAAGAACAUACUGGAUGUCUUGAAUGACAACGACGAACUGCGCGUCGAAGAAAAGCUACUGCAGCUCGGCGGAGAGACUUGGUAUGCAAUUAGUCUGGAGUCUGUGCUCUAUGGCCACGAGGGUUGGGUCUAUGGCGUGCACUGGCACAAAAAUGAGAAACAGGAACUGCGUCUGUUAUCCGCCUCCAUAGACAAAACUGUCAUAGUGUGGGCGCCCACAGAGUUGGGCGUCUGGCUGGAACAGGUGCGAGUCGGAGAAGUGGGUGGCAAUUCAAUGGGCUUUUAUGGCGGCAAAUUUGCGCAUGACGGUCGUUCGAUUAUGGCGCACAGCUACCAGGGCGGCUUUCACAUAUGGAAUCAGAGUCAGGAUCAGCCGCAGCUUUGGACUUCGAAUGUAAUCGUUGGCGGUCAUUAUGGACAGGUGCGUGAUUUGGCCUGGGAGCACGAUGGUGCCUAUUUAAUGACUGUCUCAGCGGAUCAAACGACACGCCUGCAUGCGCCUUGGCUCCAGCCGGAUAAGCCAACUACCUGGCAUGAGCUAGCACGUCCUCAGGUGCAUGGCUAUGAUAUGCAAUCACUGGCUCUGCUCUCGCGCUAUAAAUUCGCCAGCGGAGCUGAGGAGAAAAUAGUACGCACAUUCCAAGCGCCAGCGAAUUUCAUUGAGAACUUUCGACACAUCAGCGGCGUGACAAAUGAUGCAGCAGGCGAUGCGCUGCUGGACUCUCUGCCAAAAGGCGCUUCGGUACCGUCGCUGGGACUCUCAAACAAGGCGGUGUAUAAAGUGGAUACAGCUGCUGAGGCGACGACGACAGCCAAGGAUGAGUAUCCGGAUAACUAUUUUGUGCCCAUAACACUACAAACGCCGCCACAGGAGGAGACUUUGAUGCAGAACACACUGUGGCCCGAAUUGCAAAAGCUGUACGGCCAUGGCUAUGAGAUCUAUGCGCUGGCAGCCACAGCUGAUGGCCAGCUACUCGCAUCCACCUGCCGUGCCAGCAAUGCUGAGCAUGCACAGAUUAUACUCUGGAAUACGUCCAACUGGAAGCAGCUACAGAAGCUGCCUGGUCAUCAGUUGACCGUCACACAGCUACGUUUCUCACCAGAUGCACGCUAUUUGCUCUCGGUUUCGCGGGAUCGUCGUUGGUUCCUCUACGAGCGACAGCAGACCGAUGAGCCACUCGGCAGUUAUGUGCCGGUGGCCAAUACGGACAACAGCAAUGGAGUGCAUACGCGCAUUAUUUGGUCCUGCGAUUGGUCGCACGAUGGCAAAUAUUUUGUGACUAGCUCGCGUGAGGGCAAAGUCGUGGCCUGGACACAGACGGAACAGGAGUCAACGUCUAGUUCGUUGAAUGGCUGGCAAGCAGCUGCCACGCUGGAGCUCAAGCAGGAAUCCAUAACAGCUGUUAGCUUUGCGCACAGCUUCCUGGACAAGCAGGAUGGCGUUUAUGUCCUGGCACUGGGCACAGAGCGAGGCAGCAUAAAGAUCUAUCAGUUGCACAAGGGCCAAUGGCAGCUGCGCUGUGAGCUAGAGAAAAAUCGUGCACAUCAUUUGACCGUCAAGCGACUGCAGUUCCGACCGGGUCAACAGCAGCUACAGCUGGCCAGCUGUGGGGAGGAUCAUUUAGUGCGCAUUUAUGACAUUUCAUUAAGAUAAAAUUUAAACUUGGCUGCAAUCAGUAAACAGACAACAAUGAAGAGUGCCUUGUUUU